AUGUCUGUGGAAGACCUUACACAAGUCGUCCCUGACCCGCUAGACGAGAUUUACCCAGAAGACGAGCCUCAAUUUGUGCCUGAGCCACCCAAGAAAACCUGGAUCCACACCGCUUCGUCGAUUCUACUAAACAUCCAGAAGUACCUGGCUUAUGGCUUCUUGGGGUUCUACGGAUUACACACAGCAUCCACCGUCAUAAUUCCUGGAAUUGGCAUCAGCCAGUCGGCGUGCCAGGAUGUCUUUGAAAUGUGCAGAAACAUAUAUAUGGCUCCGUUGAUGGAACCCACUAUGGUGUAUGCUACAGGAAUAGUUCAUAUCGGUGCAGGGCUAGCACUCCGAAUUCUACGCUUGUGGGCGAAGAAGAGGCCUAAAAUGAAGGAGACGGAUAUCAUCAUCAAGGAGGAGAACAGAGACGACAUUGGUCUAGGUGGAAUUGGCACCAUAUUCGGACUAGGCUUCAAGAAGCUGUGGAUUUCCUCAACAUUCCCUAGUUUCACGCCAUUGACCUUUUCUGGAUACGUUCUCACUGCUGCAGUGGCCUAUCACGUUGCAAAAAUGAAACUCGGGCCUGUUUCCGUUGAUGGAGACUCCUCCUUAGUUACACUCUCAUAUGUGACCCACUAUCUCAACCAGCUGCCGUGGGGAAAGCUUGGAAACAUUGUAAACUACGGCAUGCUAGCACUUGUACUGUGGGUUUCCUUCUAUCACACGGUCAGUGGUUUGUUCAAAUAUAGAAGACAAUUCAGUUUGAGAGCAAAGAAAAUCGCAUAUGGAGUGAUUGCUUUCCUCACUGGCCUAAGUGUGAUUUCAAUGACAAGACUCCGACACUGGGAUCUUGAAAUUGGUUUCCUAGGUAAACAAUUUGCCAAAUAUCUCUUUGUGGUGUGA